GAUUUCAUUGGCAAUGUUUGCAUUGGGAUAUGAUUGGACGUGGUGGUGGGAUCACACGCCUAAAACAACAUCUUCCUGAUGGAUAUCCAGAUGUCUCUAGAUGCCCAAAAGUGUCUCAAGAAAUUCGUCGUGCAAUGAAAGAUGAACUUGAUGGCAAAAAAGAAUUAAAGCAUAAACAACAACAACAACGUGAAAUGCUUGAUAGGCGAAGCUCUUAAGCACCAGUCUAUGAUGAAUUUGAAGGUCGUGGUGAAGAUCCAAAUGAUGAAGAAUUUUUAGCAGCUCUUAGUGCCUCUCAAACUCAAUAUGAAUAUGAGCGACAUAUGCAACAUAGUGGUAUUGGUGCUAGUGGAAGUGGCUCAGCUGGUGAUAGUGGAAGUGGCUCAACUACUGCAGCAACAUUGGGGAGGAGUGAAAGUGUUCGUGUUACUUCAACACAAGGUGGUAUCGGUCGUUUCUUUCCUUCUAUGGGACGAAGGCGUGCAGUUGAUAUUGCUGAUAUUGAUCCACUAGCAUUCCCGGACCAAGCUAGCAAAUAGACUAGGAUUGAUGAUGCUUAUACAAGGGAGAAGAAGAAAUCAAUAGGUCAAAGUAUUGCUAAAUUUUUUCAUUUUAAUCAAAUUCCUCCCAAUGCAGCAAAUAACACAUACUACCGCAGCAUGGUGUCCAACAUUCAAAAAUCUGGACCUGGUAUUCAACCUCCGACUGCAUAUGAAAUUGCUGGUCCGUAUUUAGAUGAACAAGUGGAGGAAAUCAAAACUUGGAUCCUAUCAUGCAAGAAGCAAUGGAGCUUAUAUGGGGUUACAUUAAUGUGUGAUGGUUGGACAGGACCUACACGGAUGAGCAUUAUUAAUUUUCUGCUAUACUGCAAUAGAAAGGUGAUUUUUCAUAAAUCUGUUGAUGCAACUGCAGAUUAUCAUGAUGCAUCUUAUAUAUAUCAUUUGAUGGAUAACGUAGUUCAAGAGAUUGGUGCAGAACAUAUAGUGCAGGUAAUUACAGACAAUGGUGCCAACUUCAAGAGGGCUGGAGAAUUACCGGAGCAAAAAUAUCAAAUGUUAUUUUGGACACCAUGCGCAGCACACUGUGUUGAUUUGAUGAUGGCAGAUAUUGGUAAACUCGAUAUAGUAAAGAAGGUAGUGAAAAAAGGUUAAUCGUUAACAAAAUUCCUUUAUAAUCAUCAUUGGGUUCACGGAUUAAUGAGGAAAUUUAUUAAUGGGGAGAUUCUACGACCAGGAGCAACUAGGUUUGCAACUCACUUUCUCCUAUUAAAAUCAUUAUUUCAGAAAAAAGUCGGAUUGAAAGCCAUGUUCACUUCUGAAGAUUGGGAAACCUCUCGAUACUCUAGUUCUACUGAAGGAAGGGAGGUACAAAAAAUUAUUAUAUCUGCUAGAUUUUGGGACUAUAUUUCAGAUAUUCUUAUAGCAGUGGAACCCUUGUACGUCGUUCUACGAAAAGUUGAUAUGGACAAGAAGCCACAAAUGGGCAACGUCUACCGUCUAAUUCACGAAGCAAAAGAGGAAAUUAAGAGACGUCUACAAUCUCCAACCAAGUAUCAAUAUUAUAUUGAUAUAAUCACUACAAGGUGGGACAACCAAAUGGGAAAACAUAUUCAUUUAGCAGGUGCGUAUUUUUUAUGAUAAAGAAUUUUUAAUAUUACUAUUAAUAAUUAUAUAUAUGCUUAAUUAUUUUAGGUUAUUAUCUCAAUCCGACAUAUCAAUAUCGUUAUAAUCUUGCCACAAAUGAAGAUCUAUUAGUAGCCCUCAGAAAUGUAAUAUCAAGACUCCAAAAAAAUAGAGAAUUAGCUGCUGAGGCUAUUAAUGAAAGUCGAUUAUUUCGAGAAGCAUAUGGUUCUUUUAGCGAUUCUUUUGUAGUGUCAUGCAGAUAUAAAAUGGAUGCAGCUGAGUGGUGGUUACAAUAUGGAGGAUCAGCCCCAAAUUUAAAAAAGAUUGCAGUACAAAUUCUCUCACAGACAACGUCUUCAAGUGGUUGCGAAAGAAAUUGGUCAACUUUCUCCCUCAUUCAUACAAAAGUACGCAAUCGUUUAUCUUAUCGUCGCUUCGAGAAGAUGGUCUACGUUCAUUAUAAUAUGCGUCUUCAACUAAGAGCGAUUACAGAAGAACAAGAACUGAAAAAACAAGAAUCUAGUGAUGUAGACCCAUUUGAUAUUGGAUUUGUCCAAACUGAGGAUGAUCCAAUGAUGGAUUGGUGGAGUGCUGUGGAGGCUGAGAAUCCCUUACUUGAUGAAACUGGAGAUCCACCACGACCAUCUCAAUUUCUUACUCAAGAGAUUGAAAAAAUACAAGCUAGAGGAGAUGUCAGCGAAGAAUAUAAUGAUGAGGCUUUUGACCAAGAAUUUCGAUUUUCCGGAUCACGACCGAGACGUUCUCAAUCAUCUCAACCUCAAAGUCAACCAAAGUCCGCAGAUAAAGACAAAGGUAAAACUCCUGCAAUUUUUACUCAAGAGAAAAGAAAAGUCAAAACUCCUGCUUUUAAAGAAAGUGGUCCAUUGAGAAUUAGUAAAAAUCCACUCAAUGCAAUUGAUGAGCAAGAGCAUGAUGAUAGUGAUGAAACAUCAUCACCUUCUGACACUAUAGUCCGACGAGAAGUUCGAAAUGAUGAUAGUGAUGUCAUUAGCAGUGCAAGUACUAAUGGAAGUGAUGGCAGUGGUGAUGCAUCUGGUGGCUGUAGCACUUAUGUUCCUUCUACUCCGGCACCGGAGCCUUGGACAUGUGAGAAAGAUUACACACAUGCAACCCAAGAUAAAGAUCAUAGAGGUAGAAUUAUUAAAUCUCAGUAUCAACGUCGAUCUAAGGGUGACAAACAAAAGAAAGCUCAUGAUUAUCAUGAUAUGCGGGAGAGUUUAGCUGAGAUUGAUUCUGAUCGAAGUUCAUCGUACUCUCAACCUUCUUAUUAUAGUUCUGAUGCAUCAUAUGGUGAUCCAUCAUAUCAGAGCUCAGGGACGUAUGCUUAUCCUUAUCCUGUGCCUGUACCUGUACCAGUCCUAAUUCCAGUGGUGUCAGUUCAAAUUCAACUUUCAGUGGUCAAUCGAGACAUGCUGAUGGACAUGUGGAGAAAUCAAUAUCAAUAUUGCAUGUCAUGGGAUGAUUAUUUAAUCUGGGCAUUGGAAAACUAUGGAGUUGAUUUAACCAGAAUGUUGCAAGAACCAAUGCUUCAAUCUGAUUCAUGUCAUUCCUUUUGGUAUUAGUAAGGUAUUGUAUUAUGAUGUAUCAAUUUUAAUUUGAGUUGUUCAUAUAUCAAUUUUCUUAAAAGAAAAAUAUAUUUAUUUGUUUUGCCUUACAUUUAUAUUUAAAAUUAAAAACUACCGAAACUGUAUCGACAUGGCACGAUACGAUACCGAAACUGUAUCGUUCCGGUCUGGGACCGAAACUCCGGCACGGCUCGAAAUUUUAAACCAUGCUUCCAUCCACCUCUAAACGUAUCUAUAUAGCUCAAAUCUUCACCCCCUCAAUCCUAGACUUAAAACCUUGUCUCAAGACCUUUCACCGACACCUCAACUACUGUCCCAAAACUGAUCCAACUCCUCCCAUCUCCUACGGCAACCUCUAAACUCGAUCAGAUCUUUACUCGAACCUCUUCCCAACCCUCGACUCAACCAUCGACUCAACCAACGACACAACCAUCGACCAACCCCUUCUAAGCCCCUUCGACUCACGGUUAAACCACUGGACCGAACUUCCUCGACUCCCGCCCUUUUUCCUCGCCACAACAACACUUCCUUAACUCCAACACCCUUCCACGUCUCUCAGGCAGCACGUCAAACCACCUCUCCAAUGUCCCUUAGGCAACAGCAAACUCCCGAUUAUUUCCAGUAAAAGGUCGACAAAACUUUAUCAAAGCACCUCUUUAAUGUCCCUAAGGCAACAGUAAACUCCUGAUUCUUUCUGGCAUCAGAUUUUCAAUCAAAAAGUCAAUAAAACUGCAUCAAAUCUGCACUUCAACGCCUCUAAGGCAGUAGUAACUUCACGAAAAUUCCAGCAUCAAAAUUUCCAAGUAAAAAAAAGGUCGUAGAACUUCGUCAACACAUCGCAGCGAUUGAAAAACACAUUCGUUAUCUAUAAAACAUGCGUUUGUUGGUACGGUUAGCACUAACAGUCUAACUUAGGUUUUGAUGAAUGA